AUGAAUUCACAAUCAUCUGGUGGAAACAGAAAGAGAUAUAUAUCAUGGAAUCCACAUAUUACAAAUACAUUCAUUGUUGGAUCGAGUGAUAUCAGAUUAUAUGAAUUAAGACAAAAACAAACAGGCAGUGGUGGUAAUGCAUUAAGUAAAUCGAAUCUACCAUUGUCAUUCGAUAUAGAUUAUCCUCCAGAUGAUUGGAUACCACAAGAUAAAAAGUCAAUAGAUUUAAUUAGUGUAAAUACAGAUGUUCAAUAUUUAAAGUGUAUGGCAUGGAGUCCAGAUCCAUCGGAUCCAAAUCUUUUAGCAUGUGGACUUGUCACAGGUAAGACCCUGUUAACUAGUUUCUCAAGUGUCAAUAGAAAACUAAAAGAAUUCGUACCGAAACAUACAAGACCUUGUAAUUCAAUUGCAUGGAAUCCAAUUAAUAGAACACAUAUAGCGGUUGGUUUAGAUAAGAUCAGAGGUGAUGCAUCCACUCUUGUUUGGGAUAUCAACUAUCUGAAUAGAUCGAAUACACACACUGCAUCUGGAAGUAUUGUAGUGGAUGCUCCACAUGAAUUAGCACAGGUAUCAGAGAAUAGUUUCAAUACACAACCUUCUGAACCGACGGAGGCAAUCUAUCAACCAAUCUCAGAGUUUACAAUAUCGGAAGCAACAUUUUCACUCGCUUGGAUUCCAAACAAUCCGUUCUGUCUCAUCAUUGGUACUGGUUCGAAAUGGUUGAGAAUCUAUGAUACACGUGACUCUAAUAUAUCGCAGUCGGUCACCGCUCACCAAAAGUCGGUGAACGGCAUCAGCGUUGACCCGUUCGACAACAACCGACUGGCGACAAUGUCAGAGGAUUCCGUCGUCAAGAUUUGGGAUAUGAGAAAAUUCGAUGAAGCUAUCAUCUCGAUCAACACCAACUACAAAGCGGUUCAACAGAUUGAGUGGUGUCCAACGAGAUCUGGUAUCCUCGCCACAAGCGGACGUGAAAAGUCAACCGUCAAACUCUACGACAUCAAAGCACCCAUCGAGCAAACGAAAUCACCUCGACCCGAUCGUAAAUCAACCACCUCUUCAUCAUCAUCAGAACAAACUAUUCAUUAUAAUUCUAAACCAACCAAGACACAUCAUUCAUCAGAUAUAGUUUCAUCAUUCUCAUGGCAUCCAAGAAAUGAAUGUAGAAUGCUCACUGUUUCAUAUCAAGGUGUGGUCGAUGUCGUUAGUUUGAAUGAGAACAUACCGAUUACAUGGUCACCACACGGUGAUCUAUGUUUUUCAUUUGGAAUGCAUCUCAUUGAAGGUCCAUCAAAAAACACCACAAUAGAACCAAAUUUAUCAAAUGAAAAAUAUUCACAUUUAAGAAAUGAUGGUAGAUAUAAUAGAGAUAUUUCAUUAUUGAUGAAAGAGAGAGCUAUCGCAGGUUACUCUGCGUUGGUAGACGAUAACGUAAAUAUAUCAAACAAAUUCAACGAUAGAGAUAUCAAUUCUCUUUGGUUGUGGGCACAGAAAAUACCACAAUUACUACAAACCAUUCAAAAGAAAUCACAUAUAAUCAAACCACCAGCAGGUGUAACCACCACCGAUCAAUCAGAACCACCAAAAGAGAAUGAAUAUAUUGGUAUUUUUAAUAUUUUACAUGAUCAAAAGUAUUUCGUUGCACCAUCAAUUGAAGCUGUACAAAAUGGAUUUAUUAUAUUCAAGUCAUCACAGAGAAAUUUGGAGCGUUUGGGUGAGUUUGAACGAGCUGCCGCUCUUGCAGUUUUCCAUUUAGAGAUCAAGCGUGCAAUGCAGAUUUUGAAUAAUGGAUGUUCGGCACUCGCCAUCCAAGGCACUCCUGUCGCCAAAGAACGUGAGAUUGCACUACGUUUGUUCACUGUGGCACUCGCCGGUUUCGGAGACGGCACCAAUUCCAACGCCAUCUGGAAAGACGCUUGCAAAUACACUGCCAAGAGUUUUAGCAAUCCCUAUCUCAAGUUGUGUUUGGACUUCCUGAGUGUUAGCGAGUCACGUGAGUUGGUUCCGAUCCUCGAGGAAUCGGUGGUGCCACUGCCAUCAAAGAUUGCUUUUGCCUGUCGCUAUCUGGAUCCGCAAGACUUGCUGUUGUUCACCGAGCGUUGCACUCAACAAAUGGUGGAGCAGGGUAAUCUCCAGGGUAUUGUCUUGACCGGUCUCACAGUGAAAGGCGUGGACUUGUUGCAGCACUACAUUGACCGUACCAGCGAUAUUCAAACCGCUUGUUUGGCCGCCAGUCUUGUCGUGCCGAAAUACUUUAGAGACAAGCGUGUCGCCAAGUGGGUUUCGAUCUACAGUGAAUUGCUAGACAAUUGGGAGUGCUGGCAUGAGCGUGCCAUGCUUGAUAUCCAGAGAAUAUCGUGGUCGGAGCAGCCAGCCACACAGAUCUACGCCAAGUGCGGUUACUGCCAGCAGUCUUUCUCGUUUGAGUCGGUCAGCAGCGGUUCGAUGGCAGGUCGCAAUCCAAAGGUAAACGCCAGAGCCAAAGUUCCAUGUUGUCCACACUGCAAGCAAGCGCUACCAAGAUGCAGUCUGUGUAUGUUGCCACUUAGCUGCAUGGUUCCCGGUAUCGACUUUAAGAAGCCGACCAACCGUGAGUUUUGGACAGCUGGUGCCGAGUCGUUCGAUGACUGGUUCACAUGGUGUCAGUCAUGUCGUCACGGUGGUCACGCACAACAUAUUUCCGAUUGGUUCAAAGAUCAUAAUGAAUGUCCUGUAACUGACUGUAAUUGUACUUGUUCCACUCUCUAA